CCGUCGCUAGCCAACCUAGCUUGUGCACAUAGCUAACUGGUAAGUAGAAGAUCUUAGAUUUGGUAUGGCGGAGAGUACCGGGAACGCUAACGUGAGUCCGGCUCACCUUCCUCCGGGAGACCCGCAGCUGAUCGCUAUGAUUGUGGAGCAUCUCAAAAACCGGGGGCUUUUUGAUGAGUUCCGUCGAGACUGUCUAGCCGACGUUGACACGAAGCCUGCCUACCAGAACCUGCGACAGAAGGUUGACAACUUUGUCACAUCGCACCUGAGCGCACAAGACUGGAACCCGUCCAUCAACAAGAACCAGAUGAGGAAUGGACUGAGGCAAAGUGUUGUUCAAUCCGGUAUGUUGGAGUCUGGUGUGGACAGGAUCAUCACGCAGGUCGUGGAUCCCAAAAUGAACCACACUUUCCGGCCACACAUAGAAACUGCCAUCCAUGAUUUCCUGUCAGGGGACAGGAAGGAGGAGAACGCCAUAAGCUCUAACUCUGCCACAUCUGAACAGACAGAACCACAGGAGGCCCCAUCUGCCUCUGGCCCCAAAACCCCCGUGCUCAAGUUUCGCAUCUUACAACCUAUAGUGAAUUCAACACACGAGGGCAAAAAGGCAACAAAGUUUAUAAACCCAAAGGUUAUGAACACACACUUGUUCUCGGCCACGUUCACUGAACGCCUCUUGGAUGCGGGGCAGAUAAACCCAAGGAGGCAGAGGAGUGAGAGGUAUGAGGGGAUGGAUCCUAAAGAUUUUGCUGAUCCUCUGGCUUUUCCUCUUGCCACCACCAUGAGGCUGGCGUUUGGUGUGGUUCUGGGUGACAUGUCUCAACAGUCGUUAGAUGGAAAUCCACGAAAUUCAUGUCUGGGUGCUCCUGAUACGUUCCUCACUGCACUGGAAAGGCUCUCUGCAAGGCCACACUCCUGUCGCCACUACCAAACACCAACCAAAACAAACAAGCAAGACAAAAAAAAAACAAAAAACAAAACAAAACAAAAAAACAGCAAAGAUCUGAAGCUUCAGCUGGUCAUAGACAUGCCGGUGAACUUGUCCGCUUUGUUUUUCCUGUUUUUCCUGCUCCUGGCCUGUCAACAGGUGCUGACCGUGGACCCGCAUGAUGUCCAGGAGAAACAAGUGAGCCAGGCCAAAAGACGACUCUCUCUGCAGAGCGCAGUGGAGAUUCAGAGUUGCCUGGUGAGUUCAGGGGAUGUCGGCUGUGGGACGUUUCAGUGUUUCAACAACAACUCCUGUGAAAUCCAAGGGCUGCACCACAUCUGUCUCACUCUGCUGCACAACGCUGGGCGCUACGACUCACAGGGCAAGUCAUAUGUGAAGGAUGCAUUGCGGUGCAUGGCGCUGGGACUUCGACAGCGCUUCAGCUGUGUGAGCCGCCGGUGCUCAGCGGUAAAAGAGAUGGUGUUCUCGCUCCAGAGAGAGUGCUACUCCAAACACCAGCUAUGCCUGGCACUACGGGACCACAUGGACACCACGGGCAACCUGGUCCAGUUCCACUUGAUGUUUCCUCCGGGACCGUAUGUGGAGCUGGUGAAUUUCCUGUUGAAGUGCGGAGACGAGGUCAGGUCGUGGGUCGGCCGGCGGCUGCGCAGACAGUGCGAGCAGCACUGGGGGGCGCUGUGCAGAAGCUUUGGCAACACUUGUUCUCUCAGCCAAACAGACUCUCCGCAGCACAUUACCACUCCACCACCCACCAUGCCCUGGCCUGUCACUGCUCAGGGAACCGCACAGCAGCCAACCAGAGCAGCCGAACCAGACGACAGGACUGGGCUCAAUCAGAUCGACAACGCGACCGAACCUGUUCUCCCCGUGUCUGAGAAAACCAAUGUUACUGCUUCAUAGAACGACAAGCGAGACAUGCAGCUAUAUAGGCAGAGGUGCAGACAGGGUACACAGAGAUACAAAGAUCGUGCACUUAUUACUAUUAAAGUAGUGGUAGAAUGAGUAAAAGUAGUGGUAGUAGCAGCAGCAGUAGUUUUAUCAGAGUAGUCAGUGUAGUAUUGCUGGUGAAAGCAAUGCAACAUAACUUAUUUAAUUUGUUGGGUAUUUGUGAUAUUAAUAUUUUUCUUUACAUUUGUCUUUGUACUAGGAUGAAAACCAAUUAUCUACCUCACUUCAACAUCAGUAAACCACAGAGGCUGUAUCAUUCAGCAAUGGGCAUGGACACACACACACGAGUAAACACUACAGGGAAUUUGUCUCUAGCUCAAGUGCAGCUGAUGGCUGAAAGUCAGUAUUCUACCUAUUUAAGUCGUUUUUUUGUAUUUAAGAGCAUUGUUAUUUUAUGCACCGUAUCGUUGGCACAGUAACUAAUGUUAUCUUGUGGACAGUCAGGGCGCAGUCUGCAGGAAGGGAAGCACUCUUCGGUUCGUGUGAUAGAAAUGUAUUUUUGAUGUUCUACUUGAACGAUCACAUUUCAUACAGACCCCAGGUUUCAAGCUAUAUUUUGUAAGUUUUUAUUUA